GCGGGUUCAUGGUCCAGAACCUAUGGCGUGGGAGGCGGCCUGCACAUUUGUUGUUGUUCGCACGUGUACUUGGACAUGGACUGGAAAGUGUUACAGCAAUGGCAGAGGAAGGCCAGAAACGUCCCGGUGGCCCCGAAGCAGAGGAGCCUGAGACAAAAAAGGUUCGUAGACCUGAGGACUGGCUGCAAAAGACAGCUGAGGAGAUCAGGCAAUUUAAAGCGGAUGAGGUCCGUGACUGGGCGAGAGCCGUAUUGCCGACAAUUCCUCAAGUCGCUGAGACUUUGCACGUGCAACAAGUGGAUGGUGAAGAUGUCUUGGACCUGACCUAUGAGCGGCUAGUGGCUGAGCCCUACAAAAUUGCUGCCGGCCCUGCCGGAAAACUGGCCAAGCGCAUCGCCGCUGUGUCUGCCCCGCCCAUGGCCGCGAGCGGAUUCCAGGACGACCUGGAAGCCACGGAGUUCAUCCGGGAGCUGGCCAACGCUGCGCCACAUAACUUGGGUGAAGGCGUGCAGGUCUUCGACCUCAAGAAGUCCUUGCCCGUAGAGCCGUACGGCCAGAGCGGGCCAAGAUUAUUGACACGCAACACGACGCGCCGGGCCUGGCAGGCCACCUUCGAGCUCAUGAAGGGAGGCAUCAAGCGCGUGGCCAUGUUGGGCGUCCCGGGCAUCGGGAAGAGCCGCAAUCUGGCGCUGGGCCUCUGGCACGGGGUGACGGGCAAGCUGCCAGAAGGGAUGCCGCAGCCCGAGGCCAUCGUCUAUGAAGCCCGGGAGGGUGGGGCAGUCUUCCUUUUCACCAAGGGCCAGGAUGGCGCGUGGAAGGCGCAGAGCCGCGACAUGCAAAAUUGGAGCCCCGCAGGCUGCCCGUACCUGAAGAACACCAACAACUGGUACCUGGUGGAUGCUUUCGAGUCAGCCACCGCCACCUUGAAGUUGUAUGCCAAGACCGUGCUCGCCUGCAGCCCAGAACGGGACCACUACUCGAAAUUUAUUAAAGACGGCGGCGGCUGCGUCUAUAUUGAAUCGUGGUCUAGAGCUGAGCUUCAAGCGGCAUUCAAUGACGGCGACAUGCUGUCUAGGUACGACCAGAUCGGAGGAAAUCUGCGGGCCCUUUUGUCAGCUGAACCCGACUUCAAUAAGUAUGUGAAGGACCAGGAAUCUGAGGCCAUGGAUUGGCAGCACUUGCAGCCUGCUUUCCAUGGCAGCUUGGACAACCAAGGCAAGAAGCUUCUCACUCGCCUUUUCACCUACAUCAGCAAGGAUGCCCGCGAGUACGAGGUUGAUUUCUGCUGCGCUGGCGCUGCCGCGCUGGUUGCGAACGCGCAAUACGACAAGCUGGUGGAGCUCUGGGGCAAGCACGAUGAGACUGCGAGGUACUGGUUCCAAAAGUUUGUCGGACCCCUGCUGACCUUCUCGUGGUUUCACAAAAAGUUUGCAGCUUGGACUAUCACCAAUGUGGGCUCCGAUGAUCGUGCUUCCUGGCAACGGAAGAGGUGCGACGACUUGGUGAUCGCAAAGAACCUGCAGUUAGUGGAAUGCGAUUCCACAACCAUGUUUGAGGAGAAAUGGCGGCAGGCAAUAAAGAAAGGAACCCUAUCGCAACAGGUUUUGAGUAGCCCAGCCGGUUACCCGGGCAUUGACUACGUGCUGGAGUUCAACCACGGCAUCCAGGCGACCACAUCCGGAAAGCACAACCUUGCAAAGGAGUUUCGCGAGACGUUGAAGACGAUGUUCAAUGGAACUCGCCACAGUUUCACUCUCACGUUUUUCAUUACAGGAGAUCCUGAAAGAUUCGCGCCGGUCGGAGGUGAUUUCAACGCACUAAGAAGAAUGGCGGGGCCAUCAGAGUCGUUUGACACUGUUUGUGUACAGGUCGUGCAGAUUCCGAAGACGCUCGAUAGCCUGAGUUGA